UGUGUAAAUAACUAAUAGUGAAGAUAAAAGUACUUUUUUAAAUUAAAUAGUCUAACUGAUUUUAUAAUUCCGCGGUUAUUCAUCAAACACAUGAGUAAUUUGGGUGCAUAAAUUAAAGUCAAAAGUUCGCACAUGGAGAACGGCCGGCGCGCGCAUGCGCCAACGCUCGCAAUAAGUUUUAAAUAUAGAAUCGUCGCCAGAAAUCGCUGCCCUAUUUAUGUCGGCUGUUCGGCAAACAUGGGAUUCAAAUUAUUGUGUUAAAAUUUUAACUCGAUUGAAUCGAUUAAGAAUCGAUCGAAUGAUGUAAUAAAAUUGUGUGAAAUGUGCAUAAGUGUAAACAUUUGAAGUGACAGCGAAACUCCGGAGAUGUACGGCAUACUGACAUUAACCUUAAUUCUAUGGCAGCAAGCUGAGAGCAUACGCAUAGUGGACCUGCAAGUCCCCGGCCACGCGGCUGAAGGUGGGUCGGCGCUGCUGGGCUGCCAAUACGACCUGGAGGGGGAGGAGCUGUACUCCGUGAAGUGGUACAAGGAUGGCCAGGAGUUCUACCGCUACGUGCCCUCCAACACCGAGACUAUCAGCUACUUCCCCAUGACGGGGGUCAUGGUUGAUAUCUCACGGUCAUCCAGUACAGUGGUGGCACUGGAGACGCUUCGGCGCGAGUCGGCCGGCCUCUACCGCUGCGAGGUGUCCGGGGAAGCCCCGUACUUCGUCACAGCGUAUGACGAGAGCGCCGUCAAUAUACAUUUACUCCCAAAAAGUGGUCCACACAUAACUGGUCUCCAGCCGGAAUACCGGAUCGGAGAGCUGCUGGCUGUGAACUGCUCCUCCGGCAGGUCUCGGCCCAGGGCCCAGGUCUCCUGGCAGCUGAACGGCCGGCCUGCACCCAAGGAGUACGUACGAGGACCCUGGGUGAGGCAGUCCAGGGAGAGAUCAGACGCCCAAGACACGACGCUGGAACUCAGCUUCGUGAUAGCCCCUGAGCAUUUUGAGAAGAAUGGGCUUAUAUUACAGUGCCAGUCAUCAAUAGCGCCGCUAUACCAGAAGGAUGUGAUACAGCAGAUACUGCGGGCGCCAGAGGUCCCCAUGGACGAGGGCGAUGACCUCGCUGACCUCAACAUCCAGAUCGGCCAGAACUUUGUGAUAGCGGACCACGGUGACCAUGAAAUGGUGAUUGAGGAUCACAGUGUUGUACUCAAAGUGCCUAUCUGGACGUUAGUGAUUUCUCUCAUUAUUUUUAAAUUUAUAUAAAGUAUAUUUUCAUUUGUCAUAAAAGACCUAAGAUUCAUUUAA